CCCACACUGGUAAACACGCAGCAACCCCUGAGCCAAACCAACAACAACCUGGGGAAGUCGGGCGUCAACUCCUGACUCGUUGUGUGCAUACUGGUAAUGAAGGGGGAGGAGGGCUCACACCCACAGGAGAAGGUGCUGGCCGGGCUCUUUGUCCUGGGCAUCGGCUUCUUCUCACUCUGCUUCCUGAUGACGUCCCUGGGAGGCCAGUUCUCGGCCCGGCGGCUGGGGGACUCCCCCUUCACCAUCCGUGCGGAAGUGAUGGGCGGGCUGGAGUCCCGAGGUGUCCUCCGCAAGAUGAGUGACCUGUUGGAGCUGAUGGUGAAACGCAUGGACGCGCUGGCCAGGCUGGAGAACAGCAGCGAGCUGCACCGGGCUGCUGGUCGCGGGCACUUUGCCCUGGACAGGUUGCCCCCUGGGGCCGGCCUCAUGGAGCGGAUCCAAGCUAUCGCCCAGAACGUCUCGGACAUCGCCGUGAAGGUGGACCAGAUCCUGCGCCACAGCCUGCUCCUGCACAGCAAGGUGUCCGAAGGGCGGCAGGACCAGUGUGAGGCACCCAGUGACCCCAAGUUCCCUGACUGCUCAGGGAAGGUGGAGUGGAUGCGUGCCCGCUGGACCUCUGACCCCUGCUACGCCUUCUUCGGGGUGGACGGCACCGAGUGCUCCUUCCUCGUCUACCUCAGUGAGGUCGAGUGGUUCUGCCCCCCGCUGCCCUGGAGAAACCAGACGGCCCCCCAGAUGGCUCCCAAGCCCCUCCCCAAAGUCCAGGCCGUUUUCCGGAGCGACCUGUCUCACCUCCUGGAGCUGAUGGGCAGUGGGAAGGAGUCUCUGAUCUUCAUGAAGAAGCGGAUCAGGCGUCUCACGGCCCAGUGGGCACUGGCCGCCCAGCGCCUGGCCCGGAAGCUGGGGGGCGUCCAGAGGGACCAGAAGCAGAUCCUCGUUCACAUCGGCUUUCUGACGGAGGAGUCUGGGGACGUGUUCAGCCCGAGGGUGCUGAAGGGCGGGCCCCUGGGGGAGAUGGUGCAGUGGGCGGACAUCCUGACCGUGCUCUAUGUCCUGGGCCACAGCCUGCGGAUCACAGUGUCCCUGAAGGAGCUGCAGAGUAAUUUAGGGGUGCCGCCCGGCCGGGGGAACUGCCCGCUCACCGUGCCCCUGCCCUUCGACCUCAUCUACACCGACUACCACGGCCUGCAGCAGAUGAAACAGCACAUGGGACUGUCCUUCAGGAAGUACCGGUGCCGCAUCCGGGUCAUCGACACCUUCGGGACAGAGCCUGCGUACAACCACGAGGAGUACGCCACGCUGCAUGGCUACCGGACCAACUGGGGCUACUGGAACCUCAACCCCAAGCAGUUCAUGACCAUGUUCCCGCACACCCCGGACAACUCCUUCAUGGGUUUCGUGUCCGAGGAGCUCAACGAGACGGAGAAGCAGGCCAUCAGGAGCGGCAAGGCCGGCGACAUGGCCGUGGUGUACGGCAAGGACGCGAGCAUCUGGAAGCUCCAGGGGAAGGAGAAGUUCCUGGGCAUCCUGAGUAAGCACAUGGAGAUCCACGGCACCGUGUACUACGAGAGCCAGCGGCCCCCCGAGGUCCCAGCCUUCGUGAAGAACCACGGCCUGUUGCCGCAGCCCGAGUUCCAGCAGCUGCUGCGGAAGGCGAAACUCUUCAUAGGCUUCGGCUUCCCCUAUGAGGGCCCCGCGCCCCUGGAGGCCAUCGCCAACGGCUGUGUCUUCCUGCAGCCCCGCUUCAGCCCGCCCCACAGCUCCCUCAACCACGAGUUCUUCCGAGGCAAGCCCACCUCCAGAGAGGUGUUCUCCCAGCACCCCUACGCGGAGAACUUCAUCGGCAAGCCCCACGUGUGGACCGUGGACUACAACAACUCGGAGGAGUUCGAAGCGGCCAUCAAGGCCAUCAUGAGGACCCAGGUAGACCCCUACCUGCCCUACGAGUACACCUGUGAGGGGAUGCUGGAGCGAAUCCAUGCCUACAUCCAGUACCAGGACUUCUGUGCGGCCCCAGGCCCUGCCCCGCCAGGGCCCCAAGCCCCUCAGAGCCCCUUCGUCCUGGCCCCCAACGCCACCCACCUGGAGUGGGCCCGGAACUCCAGCUGGGCGCCCGGGGCCUGGCCCCCAGUGCGCUCCCUCCGGGCCUGGCUGGCUGCGGCCGGGAGGGCCUGCACGGACGCCUGCCUGGACCGCGGGCUGGUCUGCGAGCCCUCCUUCUUCCCCCUCCUCAACAGCCAGGACGCCUUCCAGAGGCUGCGGGUGCCCUGUGAGAGCACCGAGUCGGAGAUGAGCCACCUGUACCCGGCCUUCGCCCAGCCAGGCCAGGAGUGCCUCCUGCAGCGGGAGCCGCUGCUGUUCAGCUGCGCCGGCUCGAGCACCAAGUACCGCCGGCUCUGCCCGUGCCGAGACUUCCGCAAGGGCCAGGUAGCCCUGUGCCAGGACUGUCUGUGAGGGUCCCCGGCGGGGCCCCUAACACAGGAGAAAGCACCAGCGGACCCCAAGCUCCGGCGACACCCACCCCGCGACUCCCCGGGCUGGGGCUUCUCUCCGUGGCCA